CCAUAUAGUCUAUGCUAUGAUUUUAGCUUUUUACUAAUUACAAAUGGCCGAUAUCAAUUUUGUUGUCAUCAAAGGUAUUCUUUUUUGUGUCAAUAAUAUUGUCUAAAAAAACGUCCACAACUGCAAAUUAUUACACCUUGCCUAGAUUUUACAUAAAUGAAACCUUAGGAGACAACCACAUCGUAUAUAAAUAAUUCUAGUUUGAAAAGAAAAUUGGCUUGAAGAUACGUAAACCCGAUAUUUUAUGGAGGUUUAAAGUUAUAAAAUUAUAACAAGAUGCCCGCUGUAACUUCCACUACGGUGGAGGAGCAAAAUGAAGCUGAUCAGAAGAUGUGGAGCGCCCUAAAGCGCUAUAUCAUACGUGAAAGGCAAAGGAAGAAAGAAGAAUAUGAGGCUGAGGUAGAAGAGGAGCGACUUCGCAAGGAAAGAGAAGCAAGAGAGAGACAGGAUGUUAUGACUCUCGAGGAAACAAAAGAACAAAUUGAACAAUUGGAACAGAAACUCAAACAGUUAGAAAAAGAAAAACAGCAAUUAUUCAUGCAACUCAAAAAAGUAUUAAAUGAAGAUGAAAUCAGGAAGAGACAGCAACAGAAGGAAACUAACGACUUUUCCAGCGAGAUGCAAUCUAUGAAGAUGCAGCCGAUGGGGGGCAAUAUUCAGAUACCAAUGUUCCCCAUGCCAACGUCUACGGGACAAGGAGAGCCACCGCCAACGCAGGGACGCCCUCCACCACUUACUUCACAUAUGAUGACCAAGCAUAAGCACUCAAACCACAUGUUGUUCCCACAACAGCCAACGAUAGUGCGUGGUCCCAUACAGUCGGGAGUGAAGAGACCAAGAAGUCCAUCCCCAACUUACGCCCUCUAUGCUCAUCGGUUGCAUCAACCGCCUAUGAAGCAUCAACAAGUUUAUUCAGAUCACAAAGUAGAAGAUGGCCGCAUGGGCCGUCAGAUGGCCCGCGCAGUACUGUGGAACAAACCAUCUCAAUACGGCUCAAACGUGGGCGGUUCAUCUGUAUCCUCAACCGCGUACUACGCGAUGCCAAGCUCCGGCGUAGUCGGCGUAGUAGGGGAGAGGCCGCCCCCCCUACUCUACGCUCACCACGCUCACACCCCCCAUACGCCCCACACGCCGCAUCACGCGAACCUCAUGUAUGCGCCCGCGCCGCAACCGCCGCAGUUGUACUUAGAUAUGUUGAAGAAUAGAGAUGGACAGCAACAUCAGGAACAGAAGAAGGAGGCGCAGCCGCAAGUGCUAAUCGGACUCAGCGAGGCCCACCACCCUUCAGUAAGCAGUGGCGUUGCUUACGCGCAGCCACCCGUCUCCCGCCAUCUCUCCAUCCACCCGCCGCCGCAACAUAACAAUAUGCAGACGGCCAAACCGGGCAGUAUUACCCAAGGAUACCCAGUGCAGCAGUCGAGCAGCGUGCAGAGCAACAUAUAUCCGAACCGGCAUCGCUAUUAGCUAGUAAUAAUCCGUCGGCAGGCCGGCAAGCAGCCGCCCUAGCCGCGGCCGCGCGGCCCUGCCCGCGCCCCCCCAGGGUUCACCACAUGAAGCACAUACUACUCAGGGCUCUUAUGCAUGAGCUGUUGAAGAAAUAGAUGCCUUACGAUUUUUUUAUUGGCUGCGUUUGAUAUAUUAAAAAAAAUAUAUUUUGUGCUGUUUUGUAGCCAAGUUUGAGUUUAUAGGUAAGGUAGAUUGCAAAAUUCAGUUGCCAUAAAAAGUAUUUUAAAAACUGCAGCAUAUACAAAGAUCCCAUCUGAAUGUGUUGGCUGCAAAACGUACCUAUUUUGCUAAUAUCUACAUUUCAAAAAGGUCUAAAGCUAUAUAUUGGGUGUUCCUAAUUGCAAGAUUCACAUUCGGAAACAAUCAAAGUGGUUUAUAAAAUUUACAUCGGUCGAGCCUAAAUUAUACUCGUGAUCUGACGUCUAGGACUUGUCGAUACCUAACUGUUUUUCUACAAUAUUUGCUUCAUUGAAAUAUUUGAAAUACAUAAAUAUCCGUGAAUUUCAUUUGUAUUCACUUCAACAUCUCAUGUAUACCGUGAUGUGAACAGUGACAAAGACAAGUUUAGGUUGUGCAGUGAACAACUGUUUUAGUGCAAAAACAAUAUCCUGUACAGUGAGACUAUAUUUUUGUGGGCAACGAAAUAUGCACCUUAUGUAUCUGUAUAUAGAAUACAUUUUAAAUCUGACUCAAUAUUCAAUUAUAAAACUUCAGUAUAAAAUAUAAUCUGUAUUUAUAAUAGCUUCAAAUAAGGACAAAUGAAUACAUAGAGGACAUAUUUCUAAACAUACUGCAGACAAAGUAGAACAGAAGCUAAAUCUUUAAAUACUUCAGAUGCGUUCUAGAAUAAAUGGCCCAGAUGGAAAUAUACACAGCAAAUAUACUAUGAUGUGCAAUACUUACGAAUUAUUUGUGCAGAAGGGACAAUAAAGUAUUGGAGUGUCGAUGACUGUUUUUUUUACCUAUUGGACAUAUCUAGUUUGUGUCUCUUGUUCUAGAAACCACGAGUGGUAUAUUUUGUUGCCGACAAAACACAUAAUUAUAUAUUUUAAGUUAUUCAAUGUAUAUGAUGUACCUACUAUAAACUAUACAGACAUAAAUAAAAAAAUUUAUAAGAAGUAAGAAAUU